UGUCCACUAGGUGGCAGCUUGCAGAGCCACUGCGCAUGCUCGACUGCAGUUACUCAACAAACAUGGCGGCGUUUAGUUUGGCAGCAGUUAGAACACUGAACGGUGUCCUCCUUGUUCCCGGCCGGUGGCUCCUCACUCAGAGCGGUCAAACCCCGGCAGUGUGUCGAACAUGUCGGCUACAUGUGUCCCCUGCUGCCUCCCUGUGCAGCUCCAGGACGGAGCCUCCGAGGAGCAGUAGCCAAACACCCCGACCAGAGGACAGCAGAGCCGGGGAGGAGGAACCGGAGGGCCCUGAGUACAUCCCAAGGAGGAAGGCCAAGAACCCCAUGAUUAAAAUUGGCUAUGCAUGGAUGAUCGGCCUCCCUACAGGUAUAAUCGGCUUCUUCCUGGCCAAGAGACAAGUGGACAAAAACCGACUGCAGCAGCUGAAGAUCAGACAGAGGAUGAAAAGAUCGAAUGAAGGCGACUAUGAAGGAAGCCGCUACAAUGUUCCCUCUAAUUUUCCAUGAGUCUGAGCAAACACACAAACUCCCUGAGCGUCCCUUGGACCACUGUGAGCAACAUCAGACGUGUGCACUGUGGUCACACCAGCAUCACAUCCAUUCAAGUUACAUGGUUCAUUAAAAGAAUCAAAUUACAGCAUUUACAUUUCUGUUAAAACACUUUGUCAACAGGAGCCAGUUGAAGGCUGCAGUGAUUUUAGUGACACUACAAUGUAUAAGAGUGAAGUUAUUGAAUAUUUGUCUCUCUUUACUGUUGCAGCGGUUUUGCAAAUUACAGACGGACCCUGUUCACUCCAUAGACACCAAUGUUAUUCCUGUAGCUUGAAAGACAGCUACUUUUGAUAAAACUGGGCUUGUAGCACAUUGUCUGCCUUGCAACAAUGGGAAAGAGGCACCGUUUAUGUUUUGACAACCUAUAUCUAAUGAGUUAUUGAUGCUGGAAGUCUGAAUCUGUGAAUAUCUUUCCAACUUUACUGAACUUGGGGCCACUACCACCUAAGGAGUGAUAUAUUUAAUUUUGAAAGAAGCAUUUAGCCAUACUUAAAGCUUUAAGUGCUUUAUUAACACGGAACUAAAAAUUUUGUAUUGUUUUAUUAUCACAGGUUCUGUCUGAAAAGAGGUGGCAUCAUUUUAAACAGUGAAAUCAAACUAACAAAAUGUAAUGAUCAACCAGUGAGCAAUACUGGAUUCUGCAAAAACAUAAACAACUUUUUUAAAAAAAAUCUAAAUCUUAUCUUAACACAGUUAAUGUAUUAACUUAUUUUUGUGUGUAUGCAUGUAUUUAUUGAUUUAUUUAGUACUGUUAACAUAUCAGAGUUCUGAGUGAAUUUUUCUUAAGAUAGACAAAGGCCAUUUAUUGAUUACAUAUAGGCUCUUAAAUGUUUAUUAAAAACUAAAAAGCAUUUUAAAGAAAACAACUUAGGCAUUUAUUGAGUCACUAAAAUACUGUAGAGUACAGACCACAUCAGCAUGAUUAUAAGCAUCCUCUGGUAAAUUAACAACCAGAUACUGAUGUCUCUCACCAUAUGGACUUCAGGAGAUGACUGGGGGAUGAUAAACUGUGACCUACUGGUUGGGUUCUCUCUGUUCUCAUGUUUCUUACAUGUUUGUCCCCUGACAGCCGGGUCCUAAUGUUUUUUGAGCAACACACCAUACUAUGACGUUUUUACAAUGAUGGUUCUACUAUGGAACCAGUUUGACAUGUUCAGGUGUUCUUUGUGUGAAAACUCAGAGAUUUCAGGUAUCAGAAGGUGGUUUUCAACUUUCUUUGUUAACUUUCUGCUUCAACUAAAUUUCCUUCACUAACCCAGCCCUCUGGACUUCCAGUAAGCUGUGUUCCUAUUGGCUGUCCAGGUGGCUGCUUGGUGUUAUCAGGAACACCUGAGCAGCUCAGUGUCUUCCUGCUUUAUUUAGCUGCAGACAAACAUUUCCUCUGCUUCUCUUCACCACAGAACUGGGUUUGGCUCCAUUGCUUUAGUUUGUUGUUUAGGCGUUGGCUUGCAGCUUCCAGCAGUAAAAUAGACUUUAAUGUGUUUCUUGGUGUGUUUUAGGGCUUUGUACUGGAUAGUUGUCUUGGUACAUGUGGUUCUUUAGCCACAGUUAGCACAUGGUGCUAAUGUGUGCAGUGAUUAGUGGAUUUGGUGCAGCUGAGUUGUGUCUUUAUCUUGGCUGUAGUGAGUCUUCAGAGGUUUUUGGUCAGACACAUUCUGUAUUCUUGUUUGUGAACCAACGUUGGUUGUCCAGAAGGUAAGAGUUCCUGUCCUGAUUCUCUGUUCUCAGAGGUUCUCUGGUAGGCUGCAGGAGACUUUAGUGUUUGGGUUGUGCUAGUUUGGUUUUUGUAUGGUUUCAUUUGGACGACUAUCUUGAGGCCCCUCCGUGUGGUUUAGUGAGGUUUUCUGGAACAGUUCUACAAAGCAACCUGCAGCAGAAGAGACUUUGAGAGUUUUUAGGAAGUUCUGGAGGCCAGACUUUAUAGCAGCAGAAACAUUUGUCAGCAGUUUGAGCAGGAGAAGGUGAGCUUCAGAGUAGAAAUGAGACAGAAACCUUCUUGACCCGUAUGGUGAGGUCCUGUACCAAGAGUUUGAGCAGGUUGUGAAGAGUCUGUAGUUCUUUGGUCUGAAAGCACAAGAAGAGUCGACUCAUUAAAGGAGAAAACAGGAGAUAUUGUUGGUUCUUCUGUCGCUCUGCAGUUUCCAGUUUCCUUAGACUGAAUAUCAAGUUUAUAUUUUAAAUGAUUUCCCAUGUGAGCCCAAGAAGACUUCAAUAAACUCCCUCCAUCCCCUGGACACAACACAUUUUAUUACGAUGUUCUUUUUUGUUUGUAUGUUUUUGAGUUUUACUCAUAGUUUUAGCAUAGUUUUUUCUCUUUGCUUGUUUAGUUUUAUUAUCUGUGUGAAAGGUGCUAAACAAAUAAAGUUGAAUUGAUAAACUGAAUAA